AUGUGCUGUGACUUCUUCUUCCCUCAAUUAGGGGGUGUGGAGUUCCACAUCUACCACCUGGCACAGAGUCUCAUCCAGUUGGGACAUUCUGUCGUUGUAAUAGCGCAUGCCUACGGCGAUCGGAUUGGUGUACGAUAUCUGACGAACGGUCUCAAGGUGUAUUACGUUCCGUACUUCGUUCUUCAUAGGGAGACUACGUUCCCCAACGUCUUUGGCACAUUUCCGAUGAUUAGGAACAUUCUGAUUCGGGAGCAAAUUCAAAUUGUGCACUCUCAUGGUAGUGCGUCUACCUUUUCUUUGGAGUCUCUCUUCCAUGCCAACACGAUGGGGCUUAAGACGGUCUUUACUGAUCAUUCGUUGUAUGGAUUUGCGAAUAUAUCAGCAAUCCUGGUCAAUAAGCUGCUUACUUUUGCUUUGACGAAUACAGACAAGGUAAUAUGUGUUUCGCAUACUUGCAAGGAGAAUAUGAUUGUACGUGCCGAUAUUCCGCCAGAAAGGAUAUCUGUUAUUCCUAAUGCAGUAGUGAGCGAGGACUUCCGUCCUCCUCAGCACAAAAAACCAUCAGAUGGCACUAUCACCAUCGUGGUGAUUAGUCGGCUAUAUCCCAACAAGGGUGCCGACUUGCUUACACAGCUUGUUCCCAGAAUAUGCUCGGUGCAUGAAGAAGUGAGAUUCUUAAUUGCCGGUGAUGGACCCAAAUACGUUGAAUUACAGCAAAUGGUGGAAUCUCAUAGACUGCAGGACAGAGUGCAACUGAUGGGCUCUGUGGCACACGAAAAAGUGCGAGAAGUUAUGUGCCAAGGCGAUAUAUAUUUGCAUCCCAGUCUGACCGAAGCUUUUGGCACUGUUUUAGUGGAGGCUGCUUCCUGCGGCCUACUCAUAGUAUCAACCAUGGUUGGCGGCAUCCCAGAGGUCUUACCUAAGCAUAUGACAGUUCAUGCAGCGGAGACGUCUGUUUCCAGUCUCGUCGAGGCAACCAAUGAAGGCAUCAGCUUGAUCAAAUCUGGUGGGAUUGAUACCUCCUCGUUCCAUCGAGAGAUCUUUACCAUGUAUAACUGGCUGAAUGUGGCUAAAAGGACUGAGAAAGUCUACGGGAAUGUUUUCAGAGAUGCUACUCCUCGGGACAAAAAAUGGGUCCAGAUGGUGAAGCGGUUUUAUGCAAGAGAUGGCAGCUGGGCUAGACAUCUUUAUGUUUUGUGCGCGAUCGUUGAAUACAUCACUUACAUCAUGUUGGAGUGGCUCUAUCCGAGGGACGAGAUCGAUUUGGCGCCUAAAUGGCCGUCGCCGAGGCAGUUUCAUUGA